AAAAUGUUAAAAAAAAAAUGAAAAAAUUAAAGAGAGAUUAGAAAGAAUGAGGCCUUUUAUCUCUAGUUUAUAUAUAGGUAUAUAUAGAUUUUUUCACUAUCUUCGCCAUUUCCUCUUUGAAUCUUUCGUUUAGCAAGAACCCUUUUGAGAAUGACGUUGUUUCACUUCUUCAACUGUGCCAUUCUUACCUUCGGACCUCACGCCGUCUACUACUCCGCCACGCCUCUAUCCGAGUAUGAUACACUUGGUACCUCUAUUAAAUCUGCCAUUGUUUAUCUCGUUACAGCUUUAGUCAAGCUUGUUUGUCUUGCCACUUUUCUUAAGGUAUCGGAGACUGACCACUUCGAUCCUUACCAGGAAGCCUUAAAAGCUUUAAUUGGUUUUGUAGAUGUUGCUGGCCUUUACUUCGCAUUGACUCAGUUGACUCACAGAAAUAUAUCUCAAAACCAUAAAUUUCAAGCAGUUGGACUUGGAUGGGCUUUUGCUGAUUCUGUUUUGCAUAGAUUGGCACCUCUUUGGGUAGGUGCCAGAGGAUUGGAAUUCACUUGGGAUUUCAUCCUACAAGGUCUUGAAGCGAAUGCAAAUCUGGUGUUCAGCAUAUCUCUUGCUGCAUUGGGUUCUCUAAUGUGGCUGCGAAAAAACAAACCCAAGACAUUGAUUCCCAUAAUAUACGUGUGUGCAGUGAUUGUAGCAACUAUGCCAUCUAUCACAAGCUAUCUUAAGCGAGGCUUGGGCUGGCACUUCCCAGAAGUGGUUGGCUUCCAACUAUCCAUUUCUCUAGUGAUGGCUUUGAUCAGUUGUCAGCUCUUUUCUGCUUGUCAGAGACCCUCAUACUGAGGAAUCAAUCCUAACGUUAGUCGUAACUUCCCUUGCGAGUGGAUUCUUUUUAAUUUUUUACUGGGCGAUAUCAAGACUUCCUUUUCUAUUUUUAUUUCCUAGAUAAUAACUCUUUUUGUUCAUUUAAAUAUAUAUUUUUUGAUACAAAUUUGUAAAAGGGAAAACCAACAUUUAUUUGUGUCAUGACUUGGAAAAUGUGGAGUUUCAACACAGUAAGUGGAGAAA